UUCCUCUCCCGGAGACCUCGGUUUUGCACGAGCCGGCCUUGAAAUCAGAGCCUUUCCAGCAGCUCCGGGAGCGUGUGCUCGGCGACCGCGGGCUUGGCCAGCGGCGCGCGCUCGGCGCCCGGCGCCCGCCCCCCCCCCCCGCCCCCCGCCCCGCGCCCCCAGCCCCAAGCGCGCCGGGCGGGCGCCAUGGAGGAGGGCUCCAGCUCGCCCGUGUCCCCCGUGGACAGCCUGGGCACCAGCGAGGAGGAGCUCGAGAGGCAGCCCAAGCGCUUCGGCCGGAAGCGGCGCUACAGCAAGAAGUCGAGCGAAGAUGGCAGCCCGACCCCGGGCAAGCGCGGCAGGAAGGGCAGCCCGAGCGCGCAGUCCUUCGAGGAGCUGCAGAGCCAGCGCAUCCUGGCCAACGUGCGCGAGCGCCAGCGCACCCAGUCGCUGAACGAGGCCUUCGCGGCGCUGCGCAAGAUCAUCCCCACGCUGCCCUCGGACAAGCUCAGCAAGAUCCAGACGCUCAAGCUGGCCGCCAGGUACAUAGACUUCCUCUACCAGGUCCUGCAGAGCGACGAGAUGGACAAUAAGAUGGCCAGCUGCAGCUACGUGGCCCACGAGCGCCUCAGCUACGCCUUCUCCGUGUGGCGCAUGGAGGGCGCGUGGUCCAUGUCGGCCUCCCACUAGCGCCGCGCCACCCACGUCCGGACCCGCGCGCCAGGGCUGUCCUGCGGGGCCGAGGCCCAAGUGGAAUCGGGGCACCUCCACGUCUGUCACUUCUGACACCUGUGCAACCUCAAGGGGCCCAGCUCUGCUCCCGGCACAGCGUCCAGACACGGGGACAGCAGCGGCUUGGAUAGAGGACCCCGGGCCGCACACCUCCUCCCCCGAGACGGUCCCUGCUGGUGACAUGGUCAUUAUCGUCCUUGCCACUGUUUGGAUUUUCCUUCUGGGUUUUUUUUUGUUUUUUGUUUUGGUGGGGAGGGGGGAUUUGUUCUUUCUGAAAAUCUCUAGAUUCAGGAACAUAUUUACCAGGAUUUAAAUUUUGGAUUUGUAUUUCCCUCUAAGUGCCUUUUUAAUGUAUAUUUUUUUAAUAAAACAGAAAUGCAUUCCUGUA